AUGGCAAUUGAUAUUGCGGGCUCCCCGUGCCUAUUUAUGGAGGGGGAGGGGCUGUUAUUUGUGCUGCUAGGCGGCUUGACGCUGCGGCAGCUGCUUAAGAUGCAUUCGUCCUUAAAGAACCAGCCUUCGUUUCCGGCGGGGGAUGUCUCUGGCGAGAACAGCCCAGCGCCACUGUCACGCAUUAGUCUAAGCGGCGGACAGACGCGUUUUUCCUUCAUUUCUUUGCUCUUCGCGUCUUCACUGUGUCGGGCGGUAGCCUUGUUUGGGACUGCUUUUCUGUGCCGAAGAGUGCAGCUUCAGACUGCAGAGCUGCUUUUGGCUCCGCAGCACAAAGAGGUGCCCGAGACGCCGCAGCACAAUGCAGCCGACAGUGGAGAGGCUCCGCCCCCGGCAUUCAACUUUUCGCUUGAUGAAGAAUGGAUUGUCUAUCUGCUUGAUUCGAUACCUUCGCUCAUCUUCUGUAGUGCUGUUUCUCUCGUUAUUCUCUUCUGGGCGAGAAUUUACUACGCAGCUAACCUUGUGGCCUACCCCCUGUUCUCGCGAAUGCACUCGGUUCUUUCUGUGGUGCUAUUUGUGUCUUACGCUUUCUGUGUUUCUGUCGCGGUGCUGCUCCAAGCCAAGAGAGCUGCUUGCGCCUUCCUGCAAGGACUAGAAGCGCUGCUGUUCGGGACGGAAGCCAUCGCUUUCCUCUUUUAUGGGAUCAAGGUGGCGAAAAAGGUUUCGGAGAGAGGGAAAUCUGCCCCAAGAAAGAGCAGCAUCGUCAGACGAGUUAUCUUCUUGUCCAUGGUUUGCCCGGUGCUGUUCGGCCUGCGGAGUUUCAUGGCAUUUAAAGGUGCCACACCGCCUCUGCAUCCUCUGCACACUUUACCGGAAGGAAUCGCGUCUUCUCAGUUACUAGCUGGACAGAUUUACUUCUUGACAGAGUGGGUCCCCACGUUAUUGAUUCUAUUUACGUUUUGGCACCGAAAAGGAGGAAGUGCGAGAAGCCAACAGCACCGCCCCUCGACGGUGCCUGCAGAAGCCGAGGAGGAGAUGGUGGCAGGUAGCUUUGACUCCACCAUAAUGGCUCCUCUAAUGCAGCAGAAUGUCUACCCGUUUACUCCGUCUCCCCCGCAUCCACAAGCGCAAGGAGAUAUAGCCCACGGCGCGGCCAUGCCUAGCGAGGUUUAUCCUCAGUUUAUGCACCCUCAGGUUCCAUAUAGGGACUCCUUUUCGAAUUACGGCCAGACGACGUCGCCGAGUGGCUACUACAACGCUCAGUAUCCCCAACAGGGGCAGCACUAG